ACGUGAAGCCUCACAGCCGCAUUGUUGUGGGGGAAGAGAAGCCCAGGCUGGCGCUGAGCUGUGCUACUUCCAACCAACAUUUCGCUGUCCAAACGGUCAGAAGCGAUCCCCGUACGCACAUAGAGCCACACAACCAGUCUCCGUCGCCCUGGAUACCAGUCGGUCACUUCCUCUCGGUUCAGCAAGAGCCGUGGCCACCGUUGGAUGGAACGGCCUGACUGUGGAUUUAACUGCCGCUGUGCUCUGCAGGCCGCGUCGCCAUUGCUACCGUCUAUAUAAACCGAAUUCGUGAAAGAACAGAGCAUCCUAACUCCUUCACCAUGAAGAAAAAAUGCAAAAACCGCCGCUCCACCGCGCUGAAGCGGGACUCGUCGCCCAUCAAGCCCUCCCCCAACAGGGAGACCCUCACAUACGCUCAGGCCCAGCGAAUGGUGGAGCUGGAGGUGGACGGCCGAGUGCACCGGCUCAGCAUCUACGACAAGCUGGACGUCAUCGCCGACGACGACCCGACGGCCCAGGAGAUCCUGGAGUGCAACAGCAACAAGGAGAACAACGAGAAGCCCCAGCAGGUCCUGGUCCGCUCCGUGCGCCUCAAGAUAAACCAGCAGAAGAAGAGCGCCGCUCUCAUGGCUUCGCACGGCGGCGCCGGCACCGGCCUGCUGGAGCCCAAGGUUCGGAUGGUCGAGUACAACCUGCCGGUGGUGCCGAAGAGGCCCGCCGCGUAUUACAAGUACUCAGAGCGGACAGCAGAGGAGCUGGACGAGGAGGUGGAGUACGACAUGGACGAGGAGGACUACGCCUGGCUGGAGAUCAUUAACGAAAAGAGGAAGAGCGAGGGGAUCGGCCAGGUGUCGCACAAUCUGUUUGAGUUCCUCAUGGACCGCUUUGAGAAGGAGUCCUUCUUAGCUACGCAGGGCCAGAGUGACCUCCAGUCGCUGGUGGACGAGGACGCCGUCUGCUGCAUCUGCAUGGAUGGAGACGGGGCUGAUAGCAACGUCAUCCUCUUCUGCGACUCCUGCAACAUCGCCGUGCACCAGGAGUGCUACGGCGUGCCGUACAUCCCCGAGGGCCAGUGGCUGUGCCGCCACUGCCUGCAGCGGCCGUCGCGGCCUGCCGAGUGCCUCUUCUGCCCCAACCGCGGAGGAGCCCUGAAGAAGACGGACGACGACCGCUGGGGCCACGUGGUCUGCGCCAUGUGGGUCCCCGAAGUCGGCUUCUCCGACACGGUGUUCAUCGAGCCCAUCGACGGCGUCCGCAACAUCCCGCCGGCCCGCUGGAAGCUCACCUGUUACCUGUGCAAGGCCAAGGGGGCCGGGGCCUGCAUCCAAUGCGACAAGAUCAACUGCUACACCGCCUUUCACGUCAGCUGCGCCCAGAAGGCCGGCCUCUUCAUGAAGAUGGAGCCCGUCAAGGAGCUGACCGAGUCGGGCGCCCCCACCUUCUCUGUGAAAAAGACGGCCUACUGCUGCAGCCACACGCCCGAAGGCUGCGACCGCCGGCCGCUCAACGUCUACGACGAGCUCCACCCCAAGAACGGAGCCUGUCACAAGCGGGCGGAGAAGAGGGGGAAGCCCCGCUCCAAAAGCUGGCAGAAGAAAAAGAUCAAGAAAGUGGAGUCAGAACCUGAGCUAGAACCAGAAACUCAAGCUAACCCCGGGCCAAGCAUCACUGCAUCAAGCUUUGACACCAUCUUAAACCAGGUAGCAGUUCAGAGGAAGCGGCAGUUUGUGGAGCGGGUGCUGAGCUACUGGGUGCUGAAGAGGCAGUCGAGGAACAACGUGCCUCUGAUCCGCCGGCUGCAGGCCAACCCUCAGCCCUCAAAGGCACAGCAGCAGAAGGAGCGCAUGGAGACCAACCAGGCGCUGAAGGAGCAGCUGAAGGUGUGGCACCGUCUGCGCCAUGACCUGGAGCGAGCUCGGCUGCUGCUGGAGCUCAUCAGGAAGAGGGAGAAGCUGAAGAGGGAGGAGAUGAAGCUCCAGCAGUCGGUGCUGGAGAUGCAGCUGACUCCGUUCAACAUCCUGCUGCGGGCUGUGCUCAGCCAGCUGCAGGACAAGGACCAGUACAGCAUCUUUGCUCAGCCUGUCAGCACUAAGGAGGUCUCCGACUAUCUGGACCACAUUAAAAAUCCCAUGGACUUCUCAACUAUGAGGAAAAGAAUCGAUUCUCAUAGUUACCGGAGCUUUGACGAGUUUGAGGAUGACUUCAACCUGAUAAUAAGUAACUGCAUGACGUACAACGCCAAGGAAACCUUCUUCUACAAGGCAGCUCAGAGGAUGCUGGACCAUGGAGGAGUCAUCCUGAGGAGAGCUCGCAGAGAGGUGGACAGGAUCGGCUUCGACUUCCCCAGCUGCUUACAACUACCCGAGGCCCCGAAGCUGGAGCCACCAGCUCCCUUCUCCUGGGAGGAUGUGGACCGACUGCUGACCCCCUCCUACCGUCAGCAAACACCGCUGGAGGAUCAGCUGAAGGAGCUUCUGGAAAAGCUGGACCUGAGCACUGCCAUGAAGCACGGCCCAUCACGCACUAAGAGGCUCAAGCUCCUCAAGAAGACCAUUAUGGAGGUCCGCAGUGAGAUGAGCCUAAAGAAGUCCCUUCCACAUCCCCCAGCCGCUGUCCCGGAUCUCCCACCUUGCCCCAACCAGUCCGAGGAGCAGCCUUCUCCAGAAAGCCCUGCAGACUCCGUACCCCCACCAACACUGGAGCGCCUGACCUCAUCAUCGCAGCCUGAGAUCUCACCAAGCACCUCAGUUCCCCCCGCUCUGAAGCCCGCCCCGCCCUGUUCAGAGCAGACUCCCCUGCCGCUCGACGACAACACCAGCUCACCUACCUCAAAACCCCCGUGUACCCCCAACGGGCUCCUUCCAGACCAGCCGCUUCCCAGCAGUGACUCUCACACAGAAGCAUCCAGUAACUGCAACCAGCAGAACGACGGCCUGUUCCACAAGUCCAAGAGUGCCAGCCCUCAGAAAGCACCAAUGAACCAAGAGAUGCCUGCGGUGUCACCGCCCCCUCUGGGCGCCAAAACCUUUCUGUCGGUGGUGAUCCCCCGACUGGAGACGCUGCUUCUCCCAAAGAAACGGACCCGCAGCAGCAGCGCCGAGGAGGAGGAGGAGCAGGAGACGCCCAUCAAACGCCUGGACACAGGAUUAACAAAUGGUUUUGUGGUGGAGGAGAAGGUGGAUUCUCUGUCACCUCGCGUUUUGGAGCCACGCCGGCGUUGUGCCUCAGAGUCCAGCAUAUCCUCCAGCAACAGCAUCAUCUGUGGCUCCAGGUCCAAUCUGGUCUCUUCCAGCACUGUCACGGUGUCUAAGAGUGUGAAGGGGCGUCCUGCAGCGGCCCGCCGCAGCACCGUGGACGACAGAAGCACGCUGAUGACCUGCGUUGAGAACGGAGAGUUCACCAAAGCUGCCAAGAUUCCUUCAGAAGUGUGGAAUCCCACCGCUGCUUCUCCAUUUGUUCUGGAGCCUCUUAAGCUAGUUUGGGCUAAAUGUAGUGGAUAUCCCUCCUUUCCCGCCCUGAUCGUGAAUCCCAGAGUUCGGAGGACGUCGUUUCGGCACAGCAAGGUGGAGCUUCCCAUACCGCCAUUGGACGUCCUCAGAGCCGGAGAGCAGAUGCAGUUCAGGUCCGCAGAGAAACUCUUCCUCGUCCGCUUCUUCGACAGCAAGCGCAGCUGGCAAUGGCUUCCUAGGUCCAAAAUGGCUCCGUUUGGGAUCAACCAGACCCUGGACAGGAUAAAGCUGAUGGAAGCUCGCACUUCCUCCAUCAGGAGAACCGUGCGGCUCGCCUUCGACCGAGCCAUGAACCAACUGAACAGCGCCGGCGGGGACGAGCUGGAGCCCAAACGCAGCGGCAGCCUCCCCGCCACACGCUGAACUCUCUCCCUGCCCAUCCCAGCAGCUCAUCCCCGUCUCCUCCACCAGGCAUCACCUCUCCUCCUCACCGACCACGCAGAGAGGGCCGCCCCCGCUCUGCCUCAUACGCACAAAACACGCGCUCAUGUUUACCACGUCCGGAGCCCCGCAGCUCCCCACCACGUGUCUGAUUUCCUGUAGUCAGUCAAAGAGCUAUGCAAUGGAACAACUCAGUUAGCAGCUGCAACAAGAGAACUAGAGGCCACCGUUAGCUGUGAGGACUGAGCACUGUCAGCUGGCAACCUGUUGAAUGUGUCAGAGCUUCACUUCUGACCACUUUAAAUGUGCUGCAUGCUGCUGCUACAGCGUCACUGCCAUGAAAGCCUCCACCUGUCGGUGUGUGAGUGUGACAGCAGCAGCUCCUGUAAAUAUCCCACUCACUAAUUUAUUCACUCCUCGGUUUUCCUUGGUACUUACAGUUUGAUAUUUCUACCUUCAGAGGUUGUCCUUCCUCUCACCACUGGUGUUGGUGUUUCUGCUGGUGCUAUCUCCACAGAGAGAACAAACAAACAUGCAUACUGUAUGUUAUUUUUUUAAAAUCUGCUCCUUUUUGUGUUUGUUUUUGUAAGUUAUUGAGUUCCCCUGCAAGGUCUUGUUUAUGGCAUUAAUUCUGUGUGUGUGUGUGGGUGUGUGUGUGUGUGUGUGCGUGUGCGUGUGUGUCUUUUUUUAUCUAAAUGUUUUUACUGGACUACUUUAUUAUGUUUUUCUGUUUGUAGAUAUUUAUAUAAAAUCUAUAUAGAAGCUGGGAAAGUCUGCAAGGUCUAAAGUGCAUCAUUCACACCGAAACCAAAAGGAAAAACAACCCAACCCAACUGCUGCCCCCCCGUGUUUCUGUCUGAAGUCUUUAUUUUCAACCUUCAGUCGUGGUUCAGGGCUUUGGGCCUCUGUCUGUCUGUGUGCCGUGUCGGAUUCAAGUUAUCUCUGAAACAUCCCAUCAGUAUCUUCUCCAGGCGAGCCUCAGCUCACCAGUGACGGAGAGGAGAGAAUGUGCCUGACUAAUUUAUUGUAAAGCAGAAAAUGUAUAUGCAUCACUUUAUAUAGACGGUGGUGGUGGGGGAGGAGAAGAUACUACGGGUGCUCGGAGCCCUCCUUUAGUUUUUUUUUUUUUUUUCUUCUCUCGUUUGGACUGAUGGCAUUAAAUGUGAGAGUGUGCUAGAUCUUCAUGUUUUCCUUUGGCAGGGUAGUGGUGUGUGUAGACUACCUGUUUGAUUUUCCAGCCCUUCUGGAUGUUUGCUGUACAUAGAUUUGGUACUUUAGCUGAUUCUCUGGGAAGAAAAGAAGCCCACACAGUUAUAGCCAACGGGAGCAGACAGCAGCCCAAAGCAGGCUGCUGGGAUUUUUAUACUAAAACACUGAAAAUAAAAGAUCAUAUUGAAAUACUGA